UGGCUACGAACACACGUUCAUGCAUAUGUAUAUGCAUGUAGCUUGAAUAAAUGAAUAUACAUAUGUACAUAUGUAUGCACACAUGUAUGUAUGAUACUUACAAUGUCAGUACGAUCGAACGAAAGCCUAUACAUCUCCAGAGCGUUUCGCGCUUACCAAGUUUACCACAAUCGAACGCGAGAAGCCGUCAAGCCAGCUGUGGUAUGGUACUUAAGAAAAGAAAUGCAACGAAGGAGUAGAAUAGAAAGAGACGUAACCAGUUUUCGUAAAGCAGCAGCGAGCCAAACCAUAGCAAUUGCUGGAGCUUCGCCAGGCGCAUGCGCGACGGGCAAAGUAAAGUUUUAAAUGUGAUUUGAACGCGCUUGCGAAUGGGUUAAAUACGCGGAGGUGCUAAAUACAUGAAAGGAUUUAACGGUGAAUUUAUUACAAUGAAAACAGAAGUAGUUUGAAUGAUGAGUCAAGCUUAAAAGUGUGUGCGAUGUAUACAAAACUAAUAGCAAAUACAAAGUGUGACAUGCAUUCAAUGAUUUAUGUAUAAAAAGCGAAACGAGCAAGUGAUUGUUUUUUAAUAAAUGAAAAUGAACAAAAUAUUAUUUAUAAUUGAAAAGUAACGCGACUAUACAAAAAGAAAAUUUAAUAAAAUAUUUUUAAACAAAAGCGAACAAACGAGAAGAUGGCACCAUUUAUAGCGCAUUUAUCAGUGCUUUUAGCUGCAACUGUUUUGCUAUGUGGUUUUGUGCAAUGUGCAAAUGAGGCCGAACACACAAACAAUCCAACGACGACGACCACCAAUUCACCUACAAAUCCUCCGACGAUUACAGAAACUAAUGCUGUGCAACUUAUGGCUAACAGCACUCGCCUCGCGCGUCUUCUAAAGGUUCUGCAAGACCCCAAGAUGUUAGCCGGCAAACGUUACCAAGCAGCUGCGCAACGCUUAAUUGCGCGCGGCGAUCAUUUACAACCAGCCGGUAUGCCUUAUCGUCGAUUGCCAGCGCACGCCGCUGCGCCGUCUUCACCUGCCCCGUACCACAAGGUGCGCCCGCCAAUUAUGCGCCGCGUACAGAAUGGACUACCCAUUAAUGCUGGACCGCCUCGCUUCACUUUCGAAACUUCCGCGAGCGGUAUAAGCCAUCUACGGUCCAAGGGUCCGGUGCCUUUCAAUGCAGGCAAAGUAACCGUUUACCGCCCUCCUUUCGGGUACGCGCAAUUGCAUCACCAACCGAACCCAAAUGCGUUGGUGCCGCAAUCCGCUACGGCUUUUCAAGCAACGAAACACCAGCAACAGCAACUCCAGCAGCAGCAACACCAUGAGGAAUACAAUUUCAAGGCAUCACCUCCAUUCAGCGGUAAAGCGAUUGUGCGCCCGCUACUACAGCCACACGAUCCAAAUUAUAGACAACACGUACAACAAUUGCAGCAGUAUGCGGGUAAGCCACAGCAAGUGGUACAACAAUACCCUAUACCUCAACAAGAGCAGCAACAGCAAAAACAACAAAAAACUUCACAAUUUCAAACACUGUUCCAGAGCCAGAAACAGUAUCCCAAUCGACCGCCAACCUUUCACUACGAAACAAUGCGCGCCCAUGAGGAGCCCGUACUGCAUCCGCAUGUGAAGCACGAACAACCACCGCCAGGUGGCGCGGGCUAUGCCGUAUACGAGCACAAUGAGCUAGCCGAAGAGGAACCACCUUACGCACAUCCAAAUGCAUACUAUCCACCAGCACCAAUGGCGGAGCAACCUGCACAACAACAUCAAAGCUUACGUUUGCAAGCACCACAAACACACCCCGAAACUGCAGCAGCGCAAGAAGCGGAGGAGUACAUAAAAUUUAUGAACUCCAAUGACUAUUUUCUGCCAAAGCAUGAACCCAACUAUAAGCGCCUGGAUGCACAGCAGGAUAGCCAUCAACUGGAGCCGAAAGAACAACGUGAGCAACAACAACAACCUACGCACAGUCACUACGCAUACAAGCAGCAGCCCCUGGAACACUUACAGUACAGCAAAUCAGCAGUCAGUGAUAGCACGAGUUCCGGCUCGGCCACCUCUGCUGCCACCAAUUACCUAAACCAACCCAUACAAGUAUCGCAACUAUUCUAUCAGGAAGAUCCCGUACCCGCCAUUGUGCGCGGUAGUUAUCAAGCGGGCAACAACUUAUUCGUUGUGAACUCGGAGGGUAACAAAGCUGUAAAGCAUAUAGUGCCACCGCCCUCCACAAGAGCACCCACCACGCUAGCGCCAGUGUACCCGAAUGUGCGCUAUAAUACGCUGCAUAGUCACACGCCAGAGCCGCUGCGCUUCGAAUUUACCGAACGCGAUGCUGUGCAUUCAACAUACACUAAUUCACCCCCCUCGCUGGGUAAUGAGCGCCAACACUUAUGGUAUAGAACUGCCAAUGGGGGGAGCACUUCCACAACACCAGAUUUACCCACAUCAAGUACGGGAAACUUUGCAACCGCCACUACCGCUACCGCUGAUGAUCCGGAGGAUGAAGAGGAUGUGCAUAGCGCUAGUUCGGACUUUUAUGGGCGCAUAUCGAUGCGCAAGUCAACAUUAGGAGACGUGCCCUCAGAGUCGACAUCGCCCACACCAAUUGAACAGAAGGACACCGAAGACUAUUGCGAACGAAUAUGCGCCAAUAUCCAAGAUGACGAUGAAGAAAUUGUUUGCGGCUCUGACGGUUAUAUGUACACCAGCGAGGCGCAAAUGGAAUGCUACGCCACAUGCCUGCAUAUCGAUGUAACAGUGCAAAGUAAAGGCUCCUGUAACACCCGGUAGAUGAGCGACACCCUAUUCAUGCGCCAUCUAUGCAGCAGUACGAAACCCGACCGAUCGAAGGCACACUAACUGACAAUUAGCGAAUUUCUAAUUUAUUUAAAUUUUAUUUACAUUUAUUUUAUUUCAACGUUAGUUUGGUAAUACGUUUUUUAGUUACUAAGGCCCAUUUGUAAUUUAUAUUUAUUUAUUUGAGUGAGAUGCAGCUGAAAUGAGAAUAAAAUAAC